AUGAACCAUUCGGGCUACAUACCACCAUGGACUACACCAUAUAUUAUUGGUGUAGCGGGCAGUUCGGGGUCUGGAAAAACUAGUGUUGCAUCCAAAAUUGUAUCAGAGAUCAAUACACCAUGGACAGUCUUAAUAUCGUUGGACAACUUCUAUAAGCCUCUAAGCCCAGCCGACAAGGAGCGUGCCUUUAAUAAUGACUAUGAUUUUGACAAGCCAGAAGCUAUUGAUUUAGAUUUGGCUUAUGAAUGUAUCUUAUCAUUGAAGGAAGGAAAGAAAGUAAAGAUUCCAACAUACUCAUUUACUGACCAUGAUAGAAUUCCUAAUAAACACUUGACAAUAUAUGGUGCUAGUGUUGUUAUCCUUGAAGGAAUAUACGCCUUGUAUGAUCAAAGACUUUUAGAUUUAAUGGACCUAAAGGUCUACGUUGAUGCAGACUUAGAUGUUUGUUUGGCCCGUCGGUUAUCGAGAGAUAUUGUAUCGCGUGGUAGAGACUUGCAAGGAUGUAUUAGACAAUGGGAGAAAUUUGUUAAACCAAAUGCCGAACUAUACUUAAAGCCAACUAUGAAAGUUGCAGAUGCCAUCAUUCCAUCUAUCUCUGAUAACACCAUUGCGACGGAGAUAUUACUUAACCACAUUCAAUCAAAAUUACAGGAUAAAUCCCAACAACACUUGGCUGAAUUAAAGAAGCUUGGAACUCAUGCAAUUUCGAUAGACAAUUUGGAUACUGUCAUCAGACUGCCUCAAACUAAUCAAGUCAAAGCAUUGCAAACAAUGCUAUUAGAUAAGACAAUCUCAAGAGAUGAUUUCGUGUUUUAUUUUGACAGGCUUGCGAGUAUAUUGUUGUCAUUUGCUCUUGAUGAUAUUCCUGAAGUGGAAUCUGAUAAGAAAGUCAUAACACCUACUAAUGUUCAGUUAAAAAACCCCGUCUUUGUAGACUUCGAUAAAGUAACUGCCAUUAACAUUGUCAGAUCUGGAGAUUGUUUCAUGAGCUCAUUGAGGAAGACAAUUCCUAGCGUAGCUGUUGGAAAACUAUUGAUCCAAUCAGAUUCUAGAACAGGUGAACCUCAAUUACAUUGUUUGUUCAUUCCUCCAAAAAUUGAAUCGUUUAACCAGGUUCUUCUUAUGGAUGCCCAAAUCAUUUCAGGAUCUGCUAUCAUUAUGGCUCUUCAAGUUCUGGUUGAUCAUCAUAUUGAAUUGAAGAACAUCAAGGUCAUCGUAUACCUUGCUACGGAGACUGGUAUUAGAAGAAUUGUUGAUGCUACCAACAAUCAAGUUAAAAUAUACGCUGGUGAAAUAAUUUCUGACGAAAGAAUCAGAUCAAACCAGUGUAAUUGGGGAAGAAGGCAUUUUGUAGACACCUGCUAUUUCGGAUGCUAA